AUGCUUCGCCAAAUGAAGCUGAUUCUGUGCUGGGUUGGCAUGGGCAAUGCAGCAGUAAGGGCUGCUGGAGGAGCCUUGCUUGGUGGAAGCUCAUCGGGGCCUCAGGUAGAUGGUGGAGCAGAUGCCUGGACACAAGCUGUUCCUGGUGCUAAAGUCCCAGUGGCACAGCAGCGUGUUGAGGCGGGAUCUGAUGUCCCCCAGACUGCACCAGGUCCUGCAGCCAUAGAGCCAUCUGCCUCGCACGACAGCAGCACUAAACCAGAGCCGCCGGAUGUGCCAGAAUCCAUGGGGUGGGAGGCACAGUUUGCCUGGGGUCUGUACUAUAGCAAACGGGCUUGCUUUGCCAGUGAGUCGGGUGCUGGACCCUGGGCUCUUGACCGCAAGGGAUCCAGAGCCGGUGUGCCGCAAGAAAUGUUGCGGUCGGAGGAGCUUUUGGAUGUGUCCAUUCAAGCAGCCCCUCAAGAAGAGAAACGGAAAAAGCUAGCAGAGCGCGCUUUGCGCCUCUACUACCAUGCAAAAUGGUUGGCCGAACGUAAUCAUGCCACUGCGGCGGAGUGGCGGUAUCGGGAGGCUAGCCGCUUAGCGCUCCAAACCCGGAGGAAGGUUUUGGCCGCCCAUGCUCUCGGGCGCUUUGGGUACUUCCUGAUCCAUUGGAACCGUCGCCAUGAGGCAAAGGAGGUGCUUCGUGAGUCUCGCCGGAUCAGCUCCAAGUCAAAAGCUGAGUGGUUGAAUGACAUUGGGAAUGCUGCGAGAUGUUUGGUUGGCGGUUUCUCGGUCCGCGGUUUCCAGUUGGUGGAACAAUGUUUUUUUUGA